UUCUCGCCCGCCAAAACAGAGUGGGAAGCUAAGAGAACCACUUCGUUAGUUGUCACUGUCGUCACCCCAGGACUACAGGCUCCAUUCCUCCACCCAAGCUCUCUCUGUCUCCGCCACUUUUCUUCCUCGCUCCUCUCCACUUCUACCUUGUUCUCGUCUCCUCUCUCUUAUAACGGCCCCCAUAUUCUGCCGUCAUACUCGUUCUCAUCUCUACAAAUCCUUUACAACCUUACCUUCCAUUGUUCUUAUACCUCUUCGUGGCCUGUCCUACAUUACGUCCCUGGUUCAUCUCACUCCUCCUCCUUCUAUCCCACUAUCACAGUCGACGCAAUUGGACAUAGUCACAACUUUACCAGCUCAUCUAAGUACUCACUCAGUCUAACUUUAGCUCUAUCAUCACAACCCCGCUUUGUCUCCUGACAAUAAGUUGGUAACUCAACCACCAUGGCCGCGCCCUCCGGUCACCAACCUCGCGGUUCUGAUGACUUGGGCGUCUUCGACGAUGCCAAAAGCUACUAUACUGAGGAACGACAUAUGAACCGCGCGGGACCCCGAACUCGCACCUACUCUCAGAACAGUUUGAUGCACCGUUUUGAAAGAGUCAAUCUCCGAGAGCCUUUUCGACGUGGCAGCCAUGAUGAGAAUUCACAACAGAACCGCCGCUUCCUGAUUCAAGUCGAUUCAACAUUGGAAAGUCUUUCAUUGCAAGAGGACACUGAUGGAGACAUGCAAAUUACGAUCGAAGAUAAUGGUCCCAAAGUUAUUUCUCUGCGUACCGCCGCUUCGGCUGGCCAUAAUCGCUUCGACGUCCGAGGGACUUAUAUGUUAAGUAACCUCCUGCAGGAGUUGACCUUGGCAAAAGAGUAUGGGCGGAAACAGAUUGUUCUGGAUGAAGCUCGUCUCAACGAGAAUCCCGUCGAUCGUUUGUCCCGUAUGAUUCGUGAUCAUUUCUGGGAGAACUUGACACGACGCAUUGAUGCAUCGACCGUGGAUAUCGCCGCUCGAGACCCCAAGGAUUGGACAGCCGACCCUCGCCCUCGCAUUUAUAUCCCGUAUCGAUGCCCCAGACAAUACGAAUUCUACAAGAGAGUUGCUGAAGAGAGACCAGAAAUGCGUCUGGAUGUUCAGAUGCUACCCGAGAAGAUUACCCCUGAUCUGGUUCGCGACAUGAAUGAUGCACCUGGUCUUCUGGCUGUGGAUGUUCAAGAAGUUCCAGAACCAGAACACCCUUCAGGAUGGACUCUCAAGGGCAUGCCUUUCGUUGUUCCAGGUGGCCGUUUCAACGAGCUUUAUGGCUGGGACAGUUAUAUGGCAUCUCUAGGUCUUCUCAUCAACGAUCGAGUCGACCUGGCCAAGUCGAUGGUCAUCAAUUUUUGCUUUUGCAUUGAGCACUACGGCAAGAUACUGAACGCUACUCGAUCCUACUACCUUUGUCGAUCACAGCCUCCUUUCUUGACUGACAUGGCCCUUCGUGUUUAUGAAAAGAUCAAGCACGAGCCAGAUGCCAAGGAAUUCCUCCGACGAUCUAUUCUAGCCGCCAUCAAGGAGUAUCAUAGUGUAUGGAUGUCAGAGCCUCGACUAGACCCCAGCACAGGUCUCUCGAGAUACCGACCCGAAGGUCGUGGAGUGCCUCCUGAGACGGAGGCCACUCAUUUUGUGCAUAUUCUUGACCCUUAUAUCAAGAAGCACAAAAUGACAUUCGAACAAUUCGUUCGAGCAUACAACCAUGGCGAAGUUGAGGAGCCUGAGCUCGAUGAAUACUUCAUGCACGACCGUGCCGUGAGAGAGUCGGGUCAUGACACAUCCUACCGCCUUGAGGGUGUUUGCGCAAACCUGGCGACCAUUGAUCUCAACUCUCUCCUGUUCAAGUAUGAGACUGACAUUGCACGAACUAUUCGCAGCGUUUUCAAUGACAGGCUUACGAUGCCUGAGGAGUUUUGCGCUGGUACACCCUACCAGCCUGGUGAGGUUCUGUCGUCAGCUGCUUGGGAUCGACGAGCCAAGCGACGCAAGCUCACAGUGGACAAGCUGAUGUGGGAUGAGAAGGAGGGCAUGUUCUUUGACUAUGACACCGCGAAGCGUGAACGCUGCACGUAUGAGUCCUGCACAACUCUCUGGGCUCUGUGGGCAGGCAUUGCCACUCCCAAGCAAGCGGCUGAGAUGGUUCGCAAAGCUCUCCCCAAGUUCGAGGCGUACGGCGGCCUAGUAUCAGGAACGGAGGAAUCGCGUGGAGCGGUCGGUCUCGAACGGCCUAACAGACAAUGGGACUAUCCCUACGGCUGGCCUCCACAGCAAAUGCUGGCCUGGACGGGUCUGAUUCGUUAUAGCUUCACAGAGGAAGCAGAGCGAAUUGCCUACAAGUGGCUCUUCAUGGUCACUAAGGCCUUUGUCGAUUUCCACGGUGUAGUGGUCGAGAAGUACGAUGUCACCCGGCCGGUCGAUCCUCACCGAGUUGAUGCGGAAUACGGCAAUCAGGGUCUUGGCUUCCGAGGCGUCAACAAGGAAGGAUUCGCAUGGGUUAACGCCAGUUACAUUUACGGGCUUCAAAUCAUCAACGCGCACAUGCGCAGGGCACUUGGAGCACUGACACCGUAUCAGACAUUGAUCAGGGCGAUUGAGAAGAAUGAAGAGAAGACGCUGGCUGGUCUGCUUGCUCCAUAGGGUAAUGCUUUUGUAGACUAGGAAGCUCGUGGCAAAAGGAAAACGGUGUAGCUAUCGAUAUCCAUAGGAUACCUGAAGAAUGUUACAGUGCCUGUCUGCUAUGCUGGUUCGUGGAGUCCUUGAAAAUUGUUGAUGAGAGAGCAAUCCAUAUUGGGCACCGAAACAUGACAAGAAUGACGAGAAAGCCUGGAUCCUGUUUCGUAUCCUUUGACUU